AUGGCUACGCAGAAAUCAUUAGAUCAAGUCCGGAAACCGCGGUUACAAGCCAGCUCUGUUUCCAACGGGAGAGUUUCCAAGAGAAAGCAUCACAAGUAUGUUCGUGGACUCAGGCGCAAGGAUGGUUUGCUGAACACUUUCGUUGCCGCGCGUUCUGAACUCAUGCGCAUCGCUGAACGCAACUCAAUAGAGUCCCCACUUCUACGUCUUCCAGGAGAGAUACGCGACAAGAUCUGGAGAUACGCUCUCGGGGAGCAUGAGAUCAGCAUCCAGAAUCUCAGCCGCGAGGAGGUUGUCAGCGAUGGAUACGAAAUUCGCACACUUCACUCAGAAGCUCUGGUUUCUCCAGGAUUCGUUCGCCAUACGUUCCAGCUUCCCAAGGUCUGCCGGCAGGUGUACGUCGAGUCAUCGCAUCACGUCUACCUUCUUAACACGUUCACCUUCCUCAGUAUGGGCGCGUUCGAUCGGUGGAUCAAGAACCGGUGCUUCGGUCAAAGACGUCUCAUUGCAUCCCUCGAUAUCCCCCGCGUGUACACACGGCUAUACCGCAGUGGCUUCCGUAGAAGCUUCCGACAAAAGUUCCCGAAUAUCCGACGGAUCGGUAUCGACAAUUGGACGCUGUUCUGUGAAUACGGAGAGAUUAAACGUGUACCGGAGAACAGGCAAAAGAGUGCUUUCGAAAGGUGGAACGAUGCAAGGGCCAAGAUUAUCGCAGAGGUCAAGGAGAAGGAGGGCCACCACGUCACCGUUGCUUGGCACAGCAAGUCAUACUGA